AUGCCCAGUUUGGGGUGUCGCCCAUCUGGAGUACUUUAUGCCCAUGGAGAGGCAUAUGUCAAUGUACAACAACCAAGAAGAAUGUAUGGGGAGUUGCCAUCAGUUGAAAAGCCGCGUAGGAAGAUCACUGUGGAACUGCCGUCAGCAUUAGUUCAAGCCAGCUGCCCUGAAGAGCAAGAUGAUCUUGCAAGGGAGUUUAGCGGUCUCAAGGAUGAGGAAUUCUGGGCCGACUUUGGCGUCAAGCAACCUAGUCACUGGAAAAGUCCAAGCGAUGAGGAGUUGUUGGAAGACUACGAGCGGAACAAAAACCGUUAUUUGCACCACUCUUACCUCCAGUACGAAUUGAAGUACGGAGUUGAUCUCGACGAGCUUCUUGCAGAUUUUAGUCCUCAAUCCAAGCAUCAAGAAAUGAAGGAUGUCCUCAGUUCGGCAUUCCUUCAGCCCGUUUCAUCGUUGCCAAGAGUCACUCAAGCACUCAUCGCCGCAGAUGACCUAGUGUCGGAUGCCUUGUCUAGUGCCGACCGACUUCGAAGCGUCUAUAUCAAUGCUGAUUCCAAGGACGACCUACCAAUUGUCAUCGAUACCGGAGCAUCUUUCUCACUAACUCCAAAUCUUGAAGACUUCGUUACCAAACCAAUUGCUUGUGGGACGACGAGUCUCAAUGGACUGUCCUCCAAGGUUUCUGUGCUGGGAGUUGGAGAAGUGGAAUGGAAAGUUAGGGAUUUGCAUGGCACAAUCAAGUCAAUUCGUGUUAAUCCAGACGCUCAAAUCCGAUUGCUCUCACCACAGUCCUACUUUCAACAACACGGCAGUGGCCAUGUUUGUUUUGAUGGAGAACAAGUGAAGCUGACGUUACCUGAUGGUGACAGUCUGUUCUUUCCAUAUCAAGCGAGCAACAACCUUCCCAUGAUGCUACCAGCAAAUCGCCUCGUGGAGGAAACUGCACAUGUCAUCACUGAUGAAGAAGAUGAACACUUGGAAGACGACAUGAGUGUGUUCCUGAAUGUUGCUCAUGAGAACAACGCGAAUUUGACCAGAGCAGAGAAGAAGUUGCUUCUCUGGCACGCGAAGACAGGCCAUGCAAAUAUGAAAUGGCUUCUGAAGCUCUCCAAGUGGACCAAGAAGGAAGGUCAUCCAGCAAUGGGGCCUCUGCCAGCCAAGCAAGACGAGUUUAAGUCCUGCGAUUGUCCCAAAUGCACUGUGUGCCAGCUAUCGAAGCAACGCCGACGCAGUCCAAGAUCUGACGCUGCAACUAAGCCACCUGGCUCGAAGCGGACGGAUAAGCGGAAGAAGGAAAAGGAGCUAAUGGUUGACAACCUCAAGCCAGGCGACAGGGUCUCCGUUGACCAGUAUAUCUUGGCUGUUCCUGGUCGACUUGCACAUACUUUUGGCGGAGAGAAGACUUCCAAGCAAUAUGUUGGAGGAACUCUGUUUGUUGACCAUGCAUCUGGUUUUGUCUACAUCAAUCACCAGACCUCCACUGGCACUAGAGAAACUGUGAAGAGCAAGCAUUCGUUUGAGAGGGAGAUUGGUGACUACGGUCACAAGGUCAAAGCUUACCAUGCUGACAACCACCCUUUCAGUUCUAAAGGAUUCACGGACGAUGUCAAGUCGCAGAAACAGAAAAUCGAUUACUCUGGAGUCGGAGCUCAACAUCAGAAUGGGGCUGCCGAACGGGCGAUCCAAACCAUCACUACCUGGGCUCGUGCCAUGCUUCUACACCAAAUGUUGCAUUGGCCAGACGAAGCAGAUCACAAGUUGUGGCCCUUUGCUAUGGAUCAUGCAGUCUACCUGUGGAAUCAUUUACCACGCGAGGAUACCAAGCAAGCGCCAAUUGAGCUCCUCGGUGAAUCCAAGAUCGACCAUCAUCAAUGGUUUCAACGUCUCCACGUGUGGGGUUCGCCGGUGUAUGUGUUGGACCCAAAGCUGCAGGAUGGAAAGAAGAUUCCAAAGUGGGACGCCCGAGCGAGGCGAGGAAUGUACCUUGGGGUCUCUCCCACUCACUCUUCACUCGUGAGCCGUUUCUUGAAUCUCCAAACAGGAUAUGUCAGUCCACAGUACCAUGUCGUGAUAGACGACCUUUUCACGACAGUUCCCAAUGCAGAUCAGGGAGGACUGUUUGAUGUUGCUGAAUUCGAUGCAACGACUUGGAAGAAUCUGUUGGAAACAGGAUACGAAAAGCAUUUGGACAAGGAAGGUUUGGCGAGUGGAAAUCGUAGUGAUCGCCGAAAUCCUCCUACAUUGGCGAACGAAUGGUUAAAUCCCGUUGAGCAACGUGCUCGGCAGUCGCGGCGGGCGGCACGCGAAGCGCGAUUACGUCAAAGGAUCGCCGCAGAACGUCGCCAUCGAGCUGAACGGAGCCGUCACAGUGUCACUUUCGAGGUUCCAGAGGGAGACAGUCGUGGCGAUGUCAAUGAAGAUGGAACUGCCCCUCACGAUGCGAAUGACGAUGAGUCACUUGCAGAAGAAUCAGUACCAGAUCCCUUCGUAACCGUCGACGAUGACGACCGAUCUGUUGUUGAAGGUGAUGAGGCCGAAGAUGACGAUCUAGGGGAGUCCGAAUCAGAGGGAGCUGCUGCUCCGCCACUACCACCAUCACGAACCGGACGCGUUCGCAAGAAGAAUUCAAAGUACUUUGGGGAUGACUUUGCUACUGUCGCUGACCUUGGCAAGAAGAAGAUCCGGUAUUCUUCUUUGGAUCGUCAGUUCUUUGCUGGGUUGAAAUGGGCGGAAGCCAUUGACACACUCAAGGGAGACAACUUUGGUCGCAUGUGGAGAGAGGCAUGUGAGCCGUACCACGAUCACGACACGGGGCUCCAAGACGACCUGCAUCCCAUGAUUCUAGCUGCGAAAGCAAACAGUGAAGACAACCCAAACUGGAAUGAAGCAAUGAAUGGACCUCUACGACCCAGACGGAAGUGUCCGAAAACUCAAGGCAAGAUUUUGUGUUCGUGGCGAUCGACAAAUCCAGGACGUCGACUUCCAUGA